AUAAAACGCAUCACUUAACAGCUCAUUGUUGAUAAAGUGAUGUUUUUUAAGGACAUAUAUUCUCUCACAUAUAAAACCUAACUUUCUUAUUAUAUUUUUUAGGAUACUCAUACUCUAGAAAUUUCCCACUCUUCCUCACUUACCGCCAUGGAUUUAACUCCAAUUUCCUCCUAGGUUGUAAAAUCCUCUCCCUUUUCUUGAAUUAAGAAACAAAAUUUACAAAAUUAAUGGUUCAUUACUUCAAUUUUGGGAAAUUCUUUAAAAAUUGAUGCUUUGGGUUAAUUUGGUACGCUGACCACUGGGACACGCCGGCUCAGAAAUUCAUUUCUUCCUUUCUUUUGUUUAUCUUUGUGUCAUUCCAACCAAAUUUAUAAUAUCUACUUUGCGGUGCAUUUGGAUAAGGUAUAGUCAACCUUUCAUAUCUUUGUAUUAUAUAAGAUGUCUAUGGAUCACCAUCUUUUAGAAUUAAUUUUGAUUAUGUUUGACAUAUUAUAACAUGUUUUUCCUUUUAAUUGAUCAUUAACCAUUGUUAUAUAUUAGGAAUUUGAUUGAUCAUUUGCCACACUACAUGUUAAAAAUGUUAUAAUGUUAAUGAUGUGGCCUACGUGAUUAACAUGGCCUAUUGUUCUAUAUUGUUUUCAAUUAUCUUUCCUAUUAAAUUUGUAAUGAAAUUUAUUUAUUUAUUUAUUUUCAAGAUGGAUUGUUCUGAAAUUGUGAAGAAAAGGUUGGAGUGGAUGUUGUUACCUGACACACUUAGUCCUUUAUAUAGAAUGGGAAUAGAAGAGUUUCUUGAUUUUGCCUUUUGUGAUUUUGACGAUGAGGAUGAAUUGUCUUGCCCUUGUAAAAAAUGUCAUUUUUCUGAAUACAAGAACAAAGACGAAAUGAGAGCUGAUUUGUUGGGCUAUGGAAUGGUAAAAUAAUAUGUACGUUGGAUAUAUCAUGGGGAGUAUACUCCAGUACCAAAAAAGGCUAAAAAUGAUAGUACAUAGCAUUUUAAUGGUGACAUGUUCCAGAUGAUUCAUGAUGCAUUAGGACAUCCUGAUGAUAAUCCCUUUGAUAAAGAUGAUAUGAGUGAUGACAUCAACAUAUCUAGUAAUAGUCACAAAGAGCCUAAGAAGCCUAGUCUGACACAUGAACAAUUUGAAAAAUUAAUAAAAGAUGCUGAACAACAGUUGUAUCCUGGAUGCAAUGGUUUCUCAAAGUUGUCAUUUGUGGUUAAUUUGUUUCAAAUCAAAUGUGUUAAUGGUCUCUCUAAUAAGGCUUUCACUAAUAUACUGCAAUUAGUAAAAAAGGCUUUGCCUGAAGGUAACAAUUUGCCAACAACAUACCAUGAUUCAAAGAAAAUUAUUCAAGAUUUGGGCCUUAGUUAUGAAAAAAUUGAUGCUUGUGAGAAUGAUUGCAUGUUAUAUUGGAAGGAGAAUGAGAGUCUUGAGACUUGUAAAGUAUGUGGUUUGUCUAGGUGGAAAGUAAUAAAAAAUGUCACCAAAAAUCAUAAAAAAAUUCCUCGCAAGGUACUACGUUACUUUCCACUUAAGCCUAGGCUUCAAAGAUUAUUCAUGUCUUCUGAUAAUGCAACUGAUUUGAGGUGGCAUUCUGAGGGUAGAGUAAAAGAUGAAAUUUUGCGACAUCCUGCAGAUUCAGAAGCUUGGAAGACCCUUAAUAAAAUUGAUCCUACUUUCAACUCUGACCCACGUGACAUUAGGUUGGGUUUAGCAUCUGAUGGCUUUAACCCUUUUGGCCAACAAAGAAGUGACUAUAUUACAUGGCCUGUUGUGUUAUCUGUUUAUAACUUUCCUCCAUGGAUGUUUACUAAACAACCUUAUCUGAUGCUAUCUUUGUUAAUUCCUGGGCCAAAAGCUCCUGGGAAUAAUAUUGAUGUGUAUCUUCGCCCCUUAAUUGAUGAGUUGAAAGAUUUAUGGGAAUGUGGGAUUGAAACUUAUGAUGCAUCUAAAAAAGAAUAUUUUGUUAUGCGUUCUGCUCUUUUAUGGACUAUAAAUGAUUUUCCAGCGUAUGCGAAUUUGUCUGGUUGGUCUACUAAAGGUUAUAUGGCUUGUCCUACUUGUGGUAAGGGUACUUCUUCCUUUAGAUUGCCUAAUUGUAGGAAAAUAUGCUACAUGGAUUAUCGAUGUUUUUUGCCUCUUAAUCAUAAAUGGAGGGAUAGCAAGACAUUUGAUGGAAAAGUAGAGAGACGACCAGCUCCUAAGCCUCUGCCCGGAGAUGAGAUGUUAGCCCAAAUGAGUGGACUUGAAGAUUUAAAAUUUGGCAAAGAUGUAAAACAUCCAAAGAGAGCUGAUAAUUGGAGAAAGAUUAGUAUUUUCUUUGAACUCCCAUAUUGGAGUCGACUUUUAUUGCGUCAUAAUCUCGAUGUAAUGCACAUUGAAAAAAAUGUUUUUGAUAACAUUCUUGGCACAUUAUUAGACAUUCGAGGCAAGAGUAAAGACCACAUCAAGGCUAGACAUGAUUUAAAAGAACUCCGAAUAAGAAAAAAGUUGCAUCCAAAGUUGAUUAAUGGGAAAUGGCAUAUACCCCCUGCUAUGUACACAUUAUCUCCUGGUGAAAAAGAUAAAGUGUGUAAAUUUUUGGAGGAAGUUAAAGUUCCAGAUGGUUAUUCCUCAAUUUUUUCCAAAUGUAUUAAGAAGCGUAAGGUGUCUGGUCUUAAGACUCAUGAUUGUCAUGUUCUUCUACAACAAUUAUUGCCACUUGCCAUUAGAGGGAUAUCUUGCCAGCAAGUGUAUGAUUUAGUAGUUGAACUUGGUAUUUUUUUUCAAGGAGUUGUGUUCGAAAUCACUUAGCGUAGAGGAUCUUGAUCGUCUGGAGAAUCACAUAAUUGUGACUUUGUGCAAAUUGGAAAAGGUUUUUCUUCCAUCAUUCUUUGAUGCUAUGGUUCACUUGUGUGUACAUAUUGUUGGUGAAGCAAAAAUUGGAGGGCCUGUUCAGAGUAGAUGGAUGUAUCCUAUUGAAAGAUUUCUAGGGAAGUUGAAAGAUUAUGUUCGUAAUAAAGCUCGGCCAGAGGGUAGUAUUGCAGAAGGAUAUAUUCUCGAAGAAUGUUUAUUUUUUUGCUCAAAGUAUUUGCAUAAUGUUGAGACUAAAUCUAAUCAACAAGAACGAAAUUCUGAUAGUGUUAGUGAUGAUUAUGAGGGUCUUUCAAUAUUUGCACCGUCUGGCGUUCCACUUGGAAAAGAAAAUUCAAAGUGUCUUACACAAGAAGAGUGGGAAAAGGCUCGAGAUUAUGUUUUGAAAAAUUGUGAUGAGGUCCAACCUUUCCUAAGAGAAUAUGAACAAGGGCAGAAUGAGAACGAGUUUUCAGAAUGGUUUCGUGAGCGUGUGAACAGUUUGCCGGACAAACAUACUCAGGUGCUAAAAGACUUGCGAUCAUUAUCUUUUGGUCCUUUGAUGGGUGUGGAGCGUUACAAUGGAUAUCUCGCUAAUGGUUUUCGAUUUCAUAUAAAGGCACUUGAAGAAAGGCGGACAAAUCAAAAUAGUGGAAUAUUAGUCGAAGGAGCUUCGGAUGCAAGAAAUUUAGACUAUUAUGGUGUUUUAACUGAAAUCAUUUCUUUGCAAUAUUUGGAUGGUAAACGGGUGGUCUUAUUUAAUUCUCACUGGUGGGAUGUUAGUAAUUUUGGAAAAGGAAUUAAAGUUGAUAAGCAUAACAUUGUGAGUGUAAAUACAAAGAGAAAAUUGCAAACUCAUGAGCCCUUUGUUCUUGCAUGUCAAGCGCAACAAGUAUUUUAUGUUCGAGAUGGUUUUGAUCCAAAUUGGCUUGUUGCUAUUAGAACACAAGCGCGACAUAGCUAUGAUGUUGUGCUGGAGAAGUUCACAAUGGAUCAACCAGAAAUGCGCAAAGAGUUCAUUCUCAGGCAUAUGAAUGCACUAUAUCGUGACUACAGAAGGAAGUUAAAAGCUAUAUACUACGACGAUCCUAAAUUGAUUAACCAAGUACAGAGGGAAAAAAAUAAGCCAAAAAAUGUUGCAAGAAGAGAUUGGUUAUACUUGUGUAAACUUUGGCACUCACCAGAUUUCAAGAAGCUAAGUCAAAGGAAUAGAAAGAAUAGAUCUAGAUUGAAGAUUCCUCACUACUCAGGAACAAAAAGCUUUGCUCGAAUUGCUGAUGAAUUAAGAAAGAAACUUAAUCGAGAACCUACUCGCGCUGAAAUUUUGAGUAAACCUGUUGAUCCUGUGAAGUUUGCUGAAAACCAGGAGAUUGUGUCAAAGUUGAAAAACUCCAUACAAGAGAGAGAAGAUGGUCAUAAUAAUAUGUCUGAUGAACAAAUUUUUAAGGAAAUACUUGGUGAAGAAAAACAUGGAUAUCUGCGUGCUUAUGGAAGAAAUAAAAGCAUUACAGAUCAUUUUAAAGAGAAACCAAGUCGUAUCAAUCUUGCUAAUCAGGUUAUAAAAAUUGAGAAAAAAGCUGACGAAAGAGUUGAAGAAGUUAAAAAGGCCAUGGAAGAAAAAAUAGAGGAAAAAUUAGCUGAACGUGAUCAAAUGUGGGAGGAAAGGUUCAAGAAGUUGUGUGAGAAGCUUGGAGCACCAUCAACAAACCAUGAUAUCAUUAAGACAACUUAAUUUGAUCACUAGGAUGACUAUGUCAAGAACUUAGGAACUUACUGCUUCACCAGAUUAGAUGAUGUAGGGGAUAUAAAAGGCCGUUGAAUUAACAAUAUUUUUUGAGACAUUAUUGACAAAUGAUAUCUUUUGUAAAGCAUGACUUUAUAAACUAGUGAUGGUAUGAUGUAAUUUUUUGGGAUUUUAAUUAUUUGGUAUCAAUAUUUACAAGUAUAAGUUAAUGUUAUUUUUAUAUGUUAAAUUUUAUAUC